UGUCGCUGGGUGGGCCGGAAGUGAACGCCAAUUGAAACUCUGGGCGCGGGAAUCGAAGCGAGCGGAGGCCGCUGCAGCCUUUGCCAGCCUUCACAAGUUGCACGCUUUGGGAGUUACCCUUCAACAGGCAUGGAGUCCACUGAAAAAGAGGAGAGUGUCAUCUUGAUUGAUGACGAUGAAACUCAGAGUUCCAUGGCGAGUUGUAUUUUGUUGGAUGAGGAUGCAGAAGAGAUUCCCUUGAAAGGAGAGAAUACAGAAGAAGCUGUGGAUGAGGAAGUGAUAGUUACUUUCUGCAAGAGAGCAAAAGUGAUGCCCCAUGCGAGAUAUGACUGCCCGACCCACCCCUUUGAGCAAGUGGAAUGUGAAACAUCGUGCCCCCUUGGGAGAAACGCAGAGACAUGCAGCGAGUGCUACUGCUACAUUUGUGAUAAGGUUGCUGCAGAGUGUAAAGAUUGGGUGACGCCUUCGUUUUGCCAUUGCAAUGCACACAACAAAAGCAAAUUCUGGAAGGAUCAGUGGAAUUCUGCUCUCACUGGCAGCCUCUCUGAGUUCAACUUGGAGCUCUCAGAAAUUGAUGCAGAUGUCCAGCAUGGGGGGGUACUCCUGCAGAAAUUCGUGCAUGAUGUUUCUGUGGAAUAUAACGAGUAUCUGUCCAGAAAUAGAAUUGCUUCAGACUUCCCCAAAUGCCUUUGCCAUCAGAAUUUGGGUCCUGGGCAGUGUGAAAAAUGCCGCUCCUACCCUCUGUAUACUGUGCACAGUUAUGCUUCUGUUUCUGAACUCGUAACAGCCUUUCUAAAUCUGGCUGAGAAGGAGAGACCCAAAACAGAGGUCAUCAUGCUUAUGGGAGCAGCCAGGGAAAUCGCACUCCACAAGGACCUCAUUCCGUUUUCGCAAAACGUUGGUCACUUGGUGUCGCUGAGCCAGGCUGUGCCUUGUCUAAUGUCCAGGAUCACGAGGCGACUUCAGAGGCUGCUGGUGCUGAAUGACUUUCCGAAACCUUUGUAUAACAAGCUUACCAAGUUUUACCACUCCAUUCCUUUCCCGGUUCACUGCCUUACCUUCUCAAAUAGCCUGAAUUUUGCUCCUUGGGAUGACUGGUUGCUGAUCUCCGUCUUGAAAGGACAAAAUGUUACUGGCCAACGGAUGCUGAAAGGGAAGAAAGAAUGCCUUUGUGAAGCAGUUCCCAUAGUAGAGGCACGAAUCGAAAGGAUGGAAGGCUGCAGGCAAUACAAGGAGCUGAUCCGUUAUUUGAAGGUGGUGAAAUGCCAUGAUUCCUUGUGGUUACAGAGGUGGCAGGACAAGGUCCCCUUCUACCUGUGCAAAAGUGGAGAUUUUGUGGGCGCUGCGCAGGCACUGUUUAUCGUCUACCCCAGAAGCUGCUGUGCGGCCUGCCGCCUUUCACUGCUCCAGUUCGAGGUCUAUCUGAAGAUGUUCCGAUCAGGACAGGCUCCCUUGGGAAAUGACAUGGAGGGCUCUAUGCAGUGGGGUCCAGUGGGCAAGUAUCCUUCAAUCUUGUUAUUGCUUCUGCUGGCUUCCCUGCAAUGUAGGGGAGGUAGCCAUAAGCAUGCUGGCACCAAGUUGGCAGCUGUUGCUUUACAGGGUGUGAUUUUUAGCUGUUCCCUCUUUCUAGGCACUCCCGUGAAACUACCUGUUCUACUCAGACACAUGUUCAAGCUGUUCUACUGCAACAUAUCGUUGUAUACAAGUUCCAAAUGCUGGAGUUCUGUGAUCAGAAUUUUUGCCAGCCACCCUGUUGUGGGAGCAGAUGGCAACCUGACAGCCAUCACUUUAAAAGAACCAUCCCAGGAAUUCCAACAGGUGGUCUCUGGGGAGUCAUGCUACGUUGUUGAACAACUCACCAAAAAUCCCUACUCUAAUGUUACCUUCUCAAAACACUUUGGCCAAGAUUCACCCUUGGAAGCUGGGCUCAUUUUUGUGGUCCAGGCAGUUCGGCAUAUGAUCCUGAUGGAACACAGCUCCCUGCGCUCCUUCCUAGAAAUUGUGCUGGCUUUCGGGAAUAACCUCUGGGCUCUGAAACUUCUGCUGGAGUCUCUGGCUUAUCAUGAGAAGGCUGUCCGUAACAUCGUUUCCUUGCUUCUUGCAGACCUCUGUUGUCACAAAGCAGAAAUGUUGGGAUUGUGGCAACGCUGGGGUGCUCAGUAUGUCGGGGAGCUGCUGUGCCUAUUCCUGACGUUCAGGGAUAGAAACUUGCCAUCAGUCGGCAUCUCCAUCAUCAAUAUUAUUGUGGAAAACCUGUCAAUGUGUCCGUGGGCAAAGCAGGUUAGCAAAUUCCUUCAAAAAUCAACAAAACCAUUCGGCUGGGCAGAUUAUGAAGUUUCCACCUUUAUAGCCAUUUCGCAGUCUUCCUUAUGCCUGAGACUCCCUAGGGUUGGCCAGCUUCCCUCACCUCUGACUACUUCUGAGCAGCAAGGCUCUGGAUGACGUGCGCCACUCCGCUCCUCGAUCAAGGCACCUUGAAGCUGCUUUGCGCAAUGCAGUUCUGGAUGUUUUUUGGAGAAAACGUGUGUUUGGGAGUCGUGGUUGAAUUUCCCUGUGGAGCUCUCCAGGAUCAAAAACAGGCACAGGGAACCUGUGGCCCCCCUGAUGCUUUAU